CAUAUUGUAUAGUAUUGUCUCAUAUUGUUUUGUAUUGUAACAUGUCAUACUAUAAAAAAUAAAGAAAUUGCUUGAUUAUAUCUCAAAAUAAAGACUAAAUAACAAUCUGACCAUAUUUCAGAUGUCCAACAUGGAAGUUCUCCUUGACACUCUUGAAGAGCUGACAGCUAAAGAGCUGAAGAAGUUCAAGCUUUUCUUAACUGAGGAGACACUGGAGGGGGUUCAGCAUAUUCCCAGAGGACAGCUGGAGAACGCCGAUGCCACAGAUGUCACCAGUAAGAUGAGGGACGUCUACGGCCAGGGUGGUGCCCUGAAGGUCACUCUGCACGUGCUGAAGAAGAUGAAUCACAAUGAGCUUGCAGACAGACUAGAAGGAGAGCUGGAAAAGAGGGUUUCAAGACAAGACAGUGGCAAAGGUUCUGAAUAUGCCAUCCGACGGCAGGUGAGUCAACUGCUUAAGACUGACCUGAAGAAUAAAUAUGCUAGCCUCCUUGAAGGCCCUGAGGAGGCUAAAGUCCAGCUGGAUGAGGUCUACACAGAUAUCCAUGUCACAGAGGGAGUGUGUGAAGAGGUGAAUACUCAACAUGAAGUUCAGCAGAUUCAUAUGCAGACCAAAUUUCAUUCAGAAAAAGACAUUAUAAUCAAGUGCAAUGACAUUAUGAAAUCUCCACCUGGUAAAAAAGUCAGAACAGUGAUGACCACUGGCAUUGCUGGCAUUGGGAAAUCUGUUUGUGUACAGAAGUUCUGUCUAGACUGGGCAGAAGAAAGGGCCAAUCAGGACAUAGAUUUCAUCUUUGUGCUUCCUUUCCGAGAACUGCGCUUCCUUGACUCAGAGCAGUACAGUCUUCCCACACUUUUGUUGUCUUUCUAUCCCGAGCUGACUGAGUUGAAUAAUGUGAAGAUAUAUGGCAACUCAAAGAUUUUGUUUAUCUUCGAUGGUCUAGAUGAAAGCAAACUAGAGCUCAAUUUCCCAUCUACUCAAAAGCUGCAUGAUCUGAAACAGACAUCAUCUUUGGGUAAGCUACUAACAAAUCUCAUUCAAGGCCAUCUGCUCCGUUCAUCUCUCAUCUGGAUCACCUCAAGGCCUGCAGCAGCCAAUCAGAUCCCUUCUCAUUACGUAGACAAGUGGACAGAAAUAUGUGGAUUUAAUGACAUCCAAAAGGAUGAGUACUUCAGCAAGAGAAUGGCAAAUAGUCAUACUGACAAGAUCAUUUCACAAAUCAAGACAAGAUGCAGCCUCUACAUCAUGUGUCACAUACCAGUCUUCUGUUGGAUCCUUGUCUGUGUGCUUCAGGACAUGCUGACUCCCAAUUCUAAAAUGGAAAUACCAACAACCAUGACUGAACUCUUCAUCCACUUCCUACUCAUACAGACUAACAGGAAGAACCAGAGAUGUUUUGGCCAAAGUGAAACCAACAGACGGGAGCUCCUGAAGAGACACAAGGAACACAUACUGAGAUUGUCUGAACUGGCUUUUAAGCAACUGCAAAAGGGCAACAUCUUGUUUAGCCAAAAGGAUCUUGCAGAAAGUGGCAUUGUUGACCAUGCCAUUGAAGAACACUCUGAAAUGUGCACACAGAUCAUCAAGAAAGACCGUACUUUCUAUAAAACAACAUUCUACUGCUUUGUUCAUCUGAGUGUCCAGGAGUUUCUGGCAGCUCUCCAUGUGUUCCAUAGUUUUGUGAGUAAGAACUAUAAGGUGCUGGAACCCUUUUCAGAGCAGAUGUGUGCACUUUCCAACCAAGCCCAAACAACCAGUUCCCAACCAGAGGACAUGCUGAAGAGCAUAAAUAAAUCAGUCUACAUGAAGUCAUGGAGAAGCCUUAAGUCUUUUUUUAAACCCAGAGUUCCUCACAAAGACAAGAUGUUGGGAGGAGAGGAGUGGCCUGAAGAUUCCCACAAAGAGGGUUCCUGUCAAAACGAGAUGCCAUUGCAUGUUCUGUUCAAUGGAGCAGUGGACAAAUCCUUACAGUUUGACGGUGGGCACUAUGAUCUUUUUCUGCGCUUCCUUCUGGGAAUAACACUGGAGUCCAAUCAAGACCUACUGGGAGGCUUACUUCCACAGAUAAAGGAAAGUUCAGCAAGUCUCGAGACAACCACCAAGUACAUCAAGGGCAUUCUUAGUGAGGAUGGCCAUUCAGUUGAGAGAUGUCUGAAUCUGUUCCUCUGUCUACUUGAAAUGAAGAACAACUCAGUUUCUGAGGAAAUUGAACAGUAUGUAAUAUCUGGGAAAGAACUCACACCAGCCCAGUGUUCAUUACAGGCAUACAUACUUCUAAUGUCAGAGGAAGUAUUGGAUGACUUCAAUCUGACAAUGUACAGAACAUCCCAGGAGGGUCGCAAAAGAUUGCUCAUUGUGCUGAGGAGCUGCAGAAAGGCUCAAUUGAAGGGCUGUGGUCUCAGUGAAAAAUCCUGUGGGGUUAUAUCCGCUAAUCUCCAAUCUGAAAGUGCAUGCCUGCAAGAGUUGGACCUGAGCUCUAAUCCCCUGUGUGAUGCUGGGGUGGAGCGUCUGUCUGCUGGACUGAAACACACAUACUGCACACUGGAGACACUGAGACUGGCUGGCUGUAGUCUAAGUCGAGAUUCCUGUAGAACUCUUUCAUCAGUUCUCCAGUCAGAAAGCUCACAGCUGAGAGAGUUGGACCUGAGCUCUAAUCCUCUGAAGGAUUCUGGAGUGGAGCUGUUGUCUGCUGGACUGAGGCACAUUAAAUGCAGACUGGAGACAUUGAGACUUGCUGACUGUGAACUCACAAGUACUGGUUGCCAAACACUGGCACUGGUUCUCCAGUCAGACAACUCCCACCUGAAGAAUCUUGACCUGUCCAACAACGACUUGACCGAUUCUGGAGUGAAGGAGCUGUGUGCUGCUCUGGGACAUCGGAGCUGUAAACUGGAGCUGUUGAGGCUCUCUGGUUGUCUGAUCUCACAGAGAGGAUGUGAUUUUAUAGUCUCAGCGCUGACAUCAAACCCUGACUCCCUCCUCACUGAACUCGACCUGAGCUACACUCACCCAGGAGACGCUGGACUACAGAUGCUGUCAACAAUUCCUUGUGGUCAAAUGAAGGUCAAUGCAGAGAACAGUUCAGAAAGCAUGCUGAAGAGAGGACUGAAGAAGUAUGCCUGUGAGCUCACACUGGACCCAGACACAGCACACAGACGUCUCCUCCUGUCUGAAGGGAACAAGAAGGUGAUGUGGGAGAGUGAGAAGCAGUCGUAUCCUGACCACCCAGACAGAUUUGAUGUGUGGCCACAGGUCCUGAGCAGACAGCCCCUGACUGGACGCUGCUACUGGGAGUGUGAGUGGUCAGGGAAGUGGGCGGAUAUGGGAGUGGCCUAUGAAAGCAUCAACAGGAAAGGAGACUGGGACGACUGUGGACUGGGAUACAAUCACAAGUCCUGGUGUCUGAAGUGUGGAAAUGGUUUCCUUUUCUGGCACAAUAAAAUCAAAACGGACAUUCCUGCUCCCCCUUCAGGCAUCAGUAGAGUAGGAGUGUAUCUGGACCGUGAGGCCGGCAGUCUGUCCUUCUACAGGGUCUCCUCGGACACUCUCACACACCUGCACACGUUCUACAGCACACUCACUGAUGAGCACCUUUAUGCUGGUGUUGGGCUUUGGCCUGGCUGCACUGUGUCUCUGUGCCAGAUCACAUGACCUUCUGUGUCCUGCAGCAUCACACACACACUCAUACUCACACACACACACACACACACAUACACACACACACACUCACACACACACACAUACACACACACAAACACUUCCAGAUCACAUGACCUUCAGUGUCCUGCAGCAUCACACACACACUCAUACACACACUCACACACACACUCACACACACACACAUACACACACACAAACACUUCCAGAUCACAUGACCUUCUGUGUCCUGCAGCAUCACACACACACUCAUACUCACACACACUCACACAAACUCACACACACACACACAAACUCACACACACACACACACUCUCACACACACACACACAAACACUUCCAGAUCACAUGACCUCCAGUGUCCUUGUUUUUGUCUCUCUAUAAGACAUACUGUAUAUCAUCACAAACUCAAACUGCUUUAGUCUCUCUCUGUAUGACAUGUCACUAUAGUUGUAUAUGUGGUGUCAAAUCCAAAUUAAAUAAUACAACAUCAAAA